GCGAGAGUGCAGGCGGUGUUACUCUGGGCGCUGCCCGGCACUCCGCCGUUGCUUUUUCCUCCAUCAACCAAAUAACGACGUUGUACCGGCUUUGCAUCUGACGACCACGACAAGAUGGGUGGUUGCUGCGGAGAACCCGCCAACAAGAGUAACGACUUCAACAGGCAGGUCACCACUCAUAAUGGCUACCCGGUCACCCAACAGCCUUCCCCGCACCCGGCUGCUCUGUAUCAAGAAAAGCAGCAGUUUAUGCCACCCUCAAUAUCGUCGCCCCCUCCAGUGCAGCAAUUUGGUGUGCAGCAGCCUGUUAAUGGCAUGAAUUACCAGCAGCAACAACCUUGGCAGCAGCCGAUGCAUACUGGCUCUCCUCCGCCUCCAUCUUCACCUCCCGCUGCUUUCAAUCCGUAUCAGAUGACAGGAUCAUCUUCUCCGCCUCCUGUUGCCCAAUUUACUCCUUCGAUAAAUGGAAUGGCCCAAACAGGCUCAUUCCAAUCGCCAGCACCUUAUUAUCCUGGCGUUCAGAAUCCCCCACCAGCAAUGAUGACGAUGUCUCGGUCCAGUGGAAAUUUGAAGUCGCCAGAGCCAGCUACAGCUGUUGAUGAAGGAAAAAUGUCCGUUUCCAUUGAUUUCGGUACCACAUUCUCUGGAGUGGCAUAUGGUUCCUCUAGAAUAGAGCAAGGCAAAGUUCAGCAAAUUCUUCGCUGGCCGGGCUCCUUCGAAACAUUCCGCAAGAUCCCUACAUGUCUACUGUACGAUGAAGCUGGACGCGUCCUUGCAUGGGGACUAGAAGCAAAGAACGCCAGUCCUAUGGCAGGAACCGUGCGAUGCGAAUGGUUCAAGCUCUUCCUAGAGCCUCGUGCAUUGCGCGAAGGUCACGUUGAUCCACGCCUUCCGAGUCUUCCACCUGGUAAAAAAGCGAUUGACUUAAUUGUCGAUUUUCUUUCGUGCAUGUGGGAAUAUGCUAAGGAAGAGAUAACUCGUGCGAUUGGUGCCGUUGCUGAUUUAGACUCUGCUGACGUUUGGCUCACUGUCCCUGCUGCAUGGGACGCGAAGGGUUGCGAACUCAUGAGGGAAGCUGCUCUUUCUGCUGGCCUUGUGCAACAGUUUUCGGCAACAGACAGGAAUUGGGAAGAUCGAUUGCAUAUAAUCACUGAACCGGAAGCGGCCGCUGUACAUUGUGCUCACCUGACAAACCUUCAUCGCCUCAAGCCGAGCCAGAACUUCAUGAUCUGUGAUGCUGGUGGUGGUACCGUCGACCUUGCCAUUUACAAAAUCAUUGGUGAACUCGCAAACCUCGAAAUAGCAGAAGUAUGCGCACGUUCUGGUGCAAAUUGUGGUUCCCUUUUCUUAGAUUUGCGAUUCCGCGAGCUCGUUCGUACGCUACUUGCGGACCAUCCGGCACAUUUGGAUCCUGCUUCCCUUGCCUAUUUCAUGCACGCGUUCAGUGAGACAGAUAAGAUGUCUUAUAUGGGUGAAAGUGAUGACAAAAACAUGUUCCACUUCACGUGUUUCAAUGUGGAUGACCCUGAUGAUCCCAGCGUUGGCCUUGUGAAUGGGGAGCUGGCUAUUCCAGGCAAUCUUCUUCGAAGAGAAGUCUUCGAUCCUGUUGUUAACCAAGUCUUAGAACUUCUUGAGGAGCAAUUGCGUCGUGUUGAUCAGCACAUCGAUGCAUUACUCCUCGUCGGUGGCUUCUCAGGAAGUGAAUAUCUCUUCAAACGUGUUGAGACCCAAUUUAGUCCUCGAAUAAAAGUUAUUGCUCGGCCGUCAGACGCCGACACGGCAACGUGUCGAGGUGCUGCGCAGUAUGGGUUAGCACGACGGCCUCUUGUCUCAAGCGUGAUUGCUCCGCGGUCGUAUAUCAUGAAGGUGAAACUUCCUGCGGAACCGGAAGACUGGCAGAAACGUCCUGCCUAUAUCAAAGUAAAUAACGCCGGAGUCAAUAUCUGCGAGAACAGACUUCAGUACCUUGUAACCAAGGGUGCGAUUCUGCGUAAAGGACAACGCGUGCAGACGAAGUUCUGUAAAUUCUCUCAAAACGCACAAGAUCGACUCUUCGUUGCCGUGCUGUAUACUUCCGACUCGGAUAAAAUUAUGAGGUAUACCGACGAGGGAGAGACCAUUGAGUUGUGUAAAUGGACCGUCGACCUAAGCAACUUGCCGUCCUUCCAGCAGCAAGCGGCCACAGUCCAGGGAGGCUUCUAUACUGAGUUUGAACUCGGUCUUGAACUGGACAGUGCGGAGGUCCGAGGAAUUCUCGUCCACGAUAACCAGGAAUGCGGCCGAGUCGUAUUUGACUUCCUCAACUAACAUCUCACGGAAAUAUAGCGUACAAUUUUUGGGUUCAACGUCGCUGAUUGUUUUUAUGCGACGGUCUUCUAUCUCUUCGUCUAAUGAUUUACGGAAUUGGAGUAAUUCCUUCAGUGUGAAUUUUUGAUUAUCUUACGUUACAGUGUUGAUGAAUUCAUGGAUUAACAUGCGGUGUUAAAUCUUCGUCUUGUUCCUUUGCACUUGAAGCUGUUCCUUGCUAGUUGACUAAUCAUGAGC